AUGGGACAGAAAAUUUCUCCAGUUGCGUUGAGAUUACAGACCAACAAAAGUUUUCAAGCUUCCUGGUAUAGUCAGAAGUUGUACGCUGAAGGCGUGCACAAACAACUCCAAGUGCAGAAUUUUCUCCACGACGUAUUUCACCAAGUUGGCACGAAAGCAACCAAAACACAUGUUGUUCAGACACCCGGUGCUUUAAAGAUCCACACAUUUUUUUGUUCACCUCGAUUGUUUGAUCAAAAACUGGCAAAAAAAACAAUGUCACUCAAACCGACACAUUUUUUUCAACACCAGAGAACAACUCAAUGGCAAUUUCUUUCAAACCAAAUGCACUGGGAAACACUCAAGAAAAAACUAGUGUUUCAAUCUCUCUUACGUAACAAUUUACAAAAGUCAACAACUUUGCAUCUGACAAAUUUAUUUGAACAGACAAGGCACAAAACAAAUGCACUAAAAUUUUAUGCGAAUCAUCUGGAAGCGGUCUCACAACAAUAUUUUAAAACAGCCACACAGUGGGAACCUGUUAAACUUCAAGAAUUUACAAAAAGUGCACAAUUUGUAGCUGAGUAUGUGUCGCAUGCUUUAGAACGACAAAAACCUGUGAAGCAAAUUUUCUCUAGUGUGCAAACACUGCUGAAAAAAGAUCCAAAUGUAGAAGGUUUUAAAAUCUCCUGUUCGGGUCGAUUACAGGGUGUUGAAAUGGCAAAAAUUGAAACAUUUAAAUUUGGAAAAAUCUCCUUACACGUUUUUACUUCUAAAGUUGACUAUGCAGAAGCGAGAGCUCUCACAACUUUUGGUAUUUUAGGUGUCAAAGUCUGGAUUUGUUAUAAAGAUUAA